UUUUCUAAGAUUCUUCAAUGGCGAUUCGACGUUUUACAAAUGCUUCGUUACUUUCGUGUAAUAAUUUAAAUCGAAUUGUUUCUCUACUAAAGAAGAAAGUUAUUAUUGCAAGAAGCUAUUUUACUUAUUCUCAAAAUCCUAAUCACUAUCCAAGGAGACAAAGUAAAUGGACUUCAGCAGAAGAAGCUGUUUCUGUAAUUAAAUCUGGUGAUAGACUAUAUGUGCAAGCCAUAUCUUCGACUCCUCGAACACUUGUAGCAGCAAUGGUGCAUCAUGCCAAAGCUUCACGACUCAAAAAUUUAUCCAACUAUCUUCAUUUUAUGUAUGGAGAUGUCGAAUAUCUGAAACCAGAAUAUCAAGAUAUAUUUCAUUGCAACGUAGUUUUCGUUAGUCCAAAUAUACGUGAAGCUAUAAAUACCGGAAAGGCUCAUUAUGUACCCAUAUUCAUCACGGAUAUUCCAUUAUUCCUUCACCAGCAACCUGUUGAUGUUGCAUUGGUUCAAGUAUCACCACCGGAUGAACGUGGUUUCUGUAGUUUGGGAGGUUGCGUAGAAUCUACCAGAGCUGCAAUAGAAACAGCCAAAUGUGUUAUAGCACAAGUCAAUUCUUACCAAAUUAAAACCUUUGGUGACAGUCAAGUUCACGUCAACUGCUUUGAUUUCUUAGUAGAAGGGCAUCAUGAGUUACCACAAGUACAACUGAAGCAGUAUUCAGAAACUGAUUUAAAAAUAGGAAAAUUACUUGCGGAUAAUCUAGUAGAUGAUGGUUCAACACUCCAGACAGGUGUUGGAUCUCUUCCCGACGCCAUAUUGGCUUCGCUUAAUCAACACAGGAAUUUGGGUUUUCAUACCGAAAUGUUCAGUGAUGGAGUUGUCGAUCUAUUUAACUCUGGUGCCAUUACUAAUCGAUUUAAAACCGUUAUUCCAAGAAAGAUAGUUACGUCUUUUACUAGAGGAACUAAGAAACUUUAUGAUUUUUUAAAUAACAACGUAUGUGUCGAGAUGAGGGAUAUCAGUUUCACUAACAACACAGGAGUGAUCGCUUCCAAUCACAAAAUGGUGGCCAUUAAUUCAUGCAUCGAGAUUGAUUUAGCUGGAGAAGUUGCAGCCGACUGUAUUGGAUCUUAUAUUUAUUCAGGAUUUGGAGGUCAGGUAGACUUUUUAAGAGGAACUGCUGAAAGUUUAGACAGAAAGGGAAAGCCCAUAAUCGUUUUACAUUCGAGGACUAAUAAAGGACAAGCCAAAAUCGUACCUCAUUUAAAACCUGGAUCGGCAGUUGUGUCCACGCGUGGCCACGUCCAUUACGUAGUUACAGAAUAUGGAAUUGCUAAUCUUUUUGGCAAGACUCUAAGACACAGAGCUUACGAAUUAAUUCGAAUUGCUCAUCCGGAUGAUAGAGAAAAGUUAGAAAAGGCAGCAUUUGAUAGAUUUAAGUGCAUGCCUUCACCUUUAUGAGGAUACUUAAGCUGGACUCUGUAUUAAUCAUCCAUCAAAGAUUUAUUCUAUAAAUUUGUCAUUUUGAAAAUUUAGUGGUAAUUAUAUUUCGCAGACAUUUGUUCAACAUGACGAAUAAAAUAAUACAAAUGUAUUUAAAUACACAAACCCUGAGAAUUCUCCUUGUAAAAUACAGUAUCUACCAAUGGCACGUUAUACUCGGUAGCUUCAAGAGACCGCAAAUUUGAAUGCAGAGGUCCCAUGUAGACCUACAGUGUUGACUUCAAAC